CCGAUUACCUAAUAACCCUUCUCCCCCCUUAGACAGUACUUGUGUACGUAUCUAAAAUUGUCAAAUCCCACGAUUUGGCUGUUUUUGUAUGAGUAGUGCGUAGGAGAGAGACAGCCACUUGACUCCGUCCUUCUUCUACCUAGUCUCCGUUCCCUACGCGACCUACAAGCUCAGAUGUCUAUCUAACCCCUUGUCCAGCUACUUGUUCAGCUAACUCCCGACCUCGACCUCGGAUUCGGCUCCGGCUCCAUGGAUAUCACUACCUUUGUCGUUUCCGCGAGGAACCAAGCCCUGCUCUAUGGCGAUUAUAGCACCUAUCACAAGCAGCUUUCCAAGAAGCUGCACAACUGUCGCAAGAGGCUGGACAUUGUCACGAAGAAUCGGGGCAAGUUUACCAAGCGAGAGCCUCCCACCGCCGAGCAGGUGUCGGAGAAUCAUGAAUUUCUUCGCCUCCAACUGUUGACUGCCGAGCGCGCGUGGGCGCAUGCCAUGAGGUUUAAGGCCGUCCACUCGACCGAUACCAAGGGCAUCACCGGCCGCACCCGCUCCCACAUCAUAUCCAGGCUCGACAAGGGAGCUCGCACCGCCGAAGAUCUCGCUCAAGUCCUGUCAGACAGUCCCGCGAGCGGCGCCAGCGAUACCGAUAUCCUCGAGGCGCGUGCGUAUGCGUGUCUACUCAGGGGUGCCACCAACUUCGAGAAGCAGAGCUGGGAGCCCUGUCUGCGGAGCUACGCGACCGUCCGCAUCAUAUAUACUGCGCUUUCCACGUCGAUGAAUGGGGAUCUGUUCAAAGACCUACUCUCCGACACCGUCGACCCUUCUAUUCGAUAUGCGGCCUACCAGACCAAGAUCCCGCGGACGUUAGCCAUAUCCACCAUCGCUCGCAAGGCAUUCCCCUCUUCCGACUCGUCCUUGGUUGGCCAGAUCAACAAGCUGGCUCCGGAUUUGCUGCAACAGAGUGGUUCCGACGCCCAGAAGGGCCAGGUUGGCGCCCCGAAUGCGCCCCAGACUAUCACCUGGAGGUCUCGGGAAGUGAAAAUAGAAGAUGCGGCCAUCGCGCUCGCGCUCGCGUCGACCGACACGGCGACUUCCCGACUGGCCGAGAAGUUGGCGUCUUCUGAUGUUAUACUGCCCAAGGAGAUGGCUGCGGCGUACGACGAAGUGCUCAUUGCUAGUCAGGAUGCAGCCGACGCUACGAAACGCGCCAUCGACGAAUUGAAGGAGGAGGGCGUGUCGCAGAAUGACCCCAGAAUACAGAGCCUGCAGAUAACCCGUACGGCAGUAAAUUACCAAAUGAUCAGCUGGAGAAUUGGUCGCAACCGCGUGCUCAGCGGGGAGCACGAUGGAGCCCUGCUCGAUUCAGCGCCCACUACUACUCGGAAAUCCAAGAAGGAUGCUACUUCUCGGAAGCCCAAGGUCGAGCCGCCUAGCAAGAAAAUUGCGCGUCUUAAAGACAAAGUCGUCCUCUACGAUUCAACGCUGAAGAGCAUCGAUUCGAUCAAGGAGCUGCCAGGCGUUGCGGCUGAUGAAGAAUUGUUAGAGCAGCUAGAGGCUACCGUUAAAUAUUUCCAUGCCCUCAAAUGCUUAUCAAUCGCGCGUUCUCAUUCUUUAACCGAUCAAUCAGUCAACGCAUUAGCUCUUACCAAGCACGCAUUCGACGAGUGCCAGCAAGCCGUGGACGUCUUUUCGAAACGUACCACCUCUUCUCCGAAUGCCUCCCCCCGUAACAUCGAGAUUCGUCAGACCGACAUCCAAUUCCUCUCUGAUCUCUUGCGAGGGGAGCUCCAGAGAUGCCGCGCGAUCGUCGAGAUAGACAACUUGCAGAAAAAGGAGGCAAACAAGACUCCGCCGGAGGCGAGAGUCCCGCUGGUUCAUCGUCUGUUCGAGUACCCGGCCGAAGGCGCGGACUUGGACCACCUCGUGGACUACCCGCCCAAGCUGGAACCUAUCCCGGUGAAGCCUCUGUUCUUCGACGUUGCCUGGAACUACAUCGAAUACCCCGGAAAGGAACCAGCUGCCGCCCCCGCGCCCGAGCAGAGCACCGCGCAACCCUCUCAGUCGCAGAAGAAAGGCUGGUUCGGGUUUGGGAGAUAGGUCUCGGUCUCCUGUCAACGGUUUAUAUUUACUACGUACGUAAAGACUGAGACUAGCGUGAGGAAAUUCCCUAUAUAAUUCCAUCCGCCUCCCCGUAGCUGGAAGCCAUCCGUGUAGCCAUGUUCUCAACAAAGAUGGGGAUAAUUGUCGACGGUCGUCUGUCUGGCCACUGCACGAGGGCGCAUUCUUAGUUUGGAUUUUUGUGGUUCUCAGCGUCGGGUAGCCGCGGUGAAAAACGACGUUGGGUAUGUCAUGGUAAGCGUCGCUCACAUCCAGCAACACGAACGGCACCCUCCAGAGAACCCCCGCUCCGGCCCAAUAGAUGAGCCUGUAGGGCCGCGCUAUCCUAAUUCUCCUAGCGGCAACGGAAUAGCGACGAUGUAAAGAAAUUCAUCUAGAAUGGGGUGAAUGGAACGGAGGAGGGCGGCAAUCUUGGGGAAUUAAAACACGUCAUUUAGCAAAGCCCACGGCGAUUGUGAGAGGGGAUAUCUUAUUAGGAUUCUUCGUGAUCAUUUAUAUACAUGAGCUCAAUCUAGAGCGCGAACCCCCCCCUAAUGCCA